CCGUCAAACGUGGGGUCGUGGGUGCUUCUCACCUCGCUGGGGUCAGCGAGCAAGGACGGGCGCGGGCCGGGGUACUUUACAGCCAACAACGGGAGCCAGUCCGUGCGUCCCGCGCACGCACUGGCACUUCUGAUCCUUGGAGCGGUCUGGCUUUUGAGCCCUCGAGAUUGAGGGUCCCUGGUUCGCAGCUCCAGGACUGCAGCUCGAGAGGACAGCGCUCUUCGCCCAUACCUAUACCUCACAGUCACGCUCUGCCCUGUGAAGUGCAGCAUUUGACAAGUCACUCUCUCCCUACAUACCACUUCCACCCACGUCUGGGUUAACUUCGUUCUCGAGCCCCUGAAUUUGAGACCCCUACCCUCCGCCUCCUCUCUUCUCCUCCAGAAGAGGUCUUUUUCCCCAGUUCAAUUUCGUCCGUAAAACUGAGUUUGGAGUUGCGGGUAUCCUGCGGAAAGAUUACCUUUUAAGACCGAGCACCCAUUUGAUACAAACAAACAAAAGUUCAUGCUUACUAGACAGCUUGUGGGUAAAGAGAAACCCAAUACACACAGAAAACUAUGGCUGAGCACGGGGCUCACAUCACAACUGCUUCUGUGGCGGAUGACCAGCCAUCCAUCUUUGAGGUGGUAGCACAGGACAGUUUAAUGACAGCAGUGAGACCUGCUCUUCAGCAUGUGGUCAAGGUUCUUGCAGAAUCAAACCCUGCCCACUAUGGCUUCUUUUGGAGAUGGUUUGAUGAAAUCUUUACUCUGCUAGAUCUUCUGCUUCAGCAGCAUUAUCUGUCUAAAACCAGUGCCUCUUUUUCUGAAAACUUUUAUGGCUUAAAGCGGAUUGUAAUGGGGGACACUCACAGGUUUCAGAGAUUGGCCAGUGCUGGUCUUCCAAAGAAGCAGCUUUGGAAAUCACUUAUGUUCCUGGUUCUUCUUCCCUAUCUGAAAGUGAAGCUGGAGAAGCUGGUUUAUAGCCUGAGAGAAGAGGAUGAAUAUUCUAUUCAUCCCCCUUCUUCCCACUGGAAACGAUUUUACAGAGCCUUCCUGGCAGCCUACCCAUUUGUUAACAUGGCCUGGGAAGGGUGGUUUCUUGUACAGCAACUUCAGUACAUCCUAGGAAAAGCUCAGCAUCACUCACCACUGCUGAGGCUGGCUGGAGUUCGGCUAGGUCGACUGACAGUUCAGGAUAUACAAGCUCUGGCAGACAGACCAGCUGAAGUCAGCAUGAUGCAGCAACCAGCCAGGAGUGUAAUUGAAAAUAUAAAGUCAGCUCUGAAGAAAGCUGUGGGAGGUGCUGCCUUAUCUCUCUCUACUGGCCUUUCUGUGGGUGUAUUCUUCCUGCAGUUCCUUGACUGGUGGUACUCAUCUGAAAAUCAGGAAACCAUCAAGUCACUGACUGCCCUGCCUAGUCCACCACCCCCUGUACAUCUAGACUACAACUCUGAUUCUCCCUUGUUACCCAAAAUGAAGACUGUGUGCCCACUGUGUCGUAAAACCCGGGUGAAUGAUACUGUUCUUGCCACCUCUGGCUAUGUGUUUUGUUAUCGCUGUGUGUUUAAUUAUGUGAGGAGUCACCAAGCUUGUCCCAUCACAGGUUAUCCAACAGAAGUACAACAUCUGAUUAAACUGUACUCCCCUGAGAACUGAAAGGGAUUAGCAUCUUAAUCUCACAUCUUAUGCACUAUAAGGCCACAGGGCUGGUUUUCAGCAUGGUUCACAGCACUGAUACUUCUCAGACUCAAUUCAUACCUAUAUGAACUUUAAACAACUAUAUGGAUUUCUUUUAAAAAGAGAUACCCAUUUAAUCCUAAACUUUUAGCCUUCUCUCUAGACCCCUACUUACAGUUGACCAAUCAGAUUAGAGCAGGAGAAUCAGGACUGGCAGAGGAUGUGAGGGCCAGUGUAAAGGAAGUAGAUAAAAGAUGAUGUUAGUAUGGAAGCUUUGCCUGUUCCUUUCUUUAAAGAAUAAGAGGUAUAAAUCUCUCAGGAAAAAGCCAGGGAUAGACCUCAUAAAGUGGGUGGUGAGGGGGAAGCAGGUCUUUAGAAAAGAAACUAUCUGCCUGUAAGGUAGAAAUUUUAUCAGUUUGCAAACUAUGAAAUGUUGACCUGCUCUUUAUAAAAAUAUUUAGAAAUACUUUAGAAAACAACAGCUCCUUCCAUAUACUGUGAUCCAUUUGUUGUGACAUCUGCUAUAGUUUAUCAACUUUUAAAGAUACCUUUAUGAGCCAUAUAUAGAAGUAUUUCUUGGAAAACUGGUUAAGGGAAAAUAGGGUUUGAGUGUUUAUGAAUAGAGUAGUCUGAAGAUUUCAGUUUAAAAGCAAAGCUAACAAGCAAUGAAGAGAUGAGGUAAAAUACUAAUCUAACUAUAAAGAAAGGAUCUUUUAAUAAGCUCUUUCUGUUUGCUGUUAGAGUUUGCUAAACUGGCAUGAAUUAUUCUGGAUAUUACUAAAGUUUCUAUGAAACAUUUAAGUAAAUUUUAAGAAUAAUUUUCUGGCAAAGAACUCUUCCAUGUUGCCAUGAUUAUGUGGAAACUUAAAGAUUACUAGAGAUGGUAAAAUAAAUUUUUCAUUCAGAUCA